AUGGUUGCAAGAAGUAAUACAUAUAGUGUUAGAAGACCUAACACUAUUAAUAAUAAUAAUAAUAAUAAUAAUAUGAAUAGUAGUAUGAAUAUGGGAGAUCCAUUCUUUCCACAAUAUCCAAUGAAUUCAAAUACAAAUAAUAAUAAUAAUAAUAAUAAUAAUAUGAGAAGAAAUACAAGUGUCCGCCGUACAAGAAGUAUUAAUGCUCAUAUAUACACACCUGUAUCAAACGAAAAUAAUUCAAGAUCAAUAGCAAUCGGUUCAUCACCUUAUGAUUUUGCAAAUAGUUUAGCUACACAAAAUAAAGGUAUGAAACCUUUAUUAAAUGAUAAUCAAAUUAUGUCUCCAUAUCAAUUACAAAAACAAAAAAUGCAAAAAUCAUUCGUUUUCUCAAAUGGUGAAGUAUUUACACCAAGAACUCCUUGUAAUAACACAGCAACUCCAACUUUAAUUAAACCUGUUGAUAAUGAGGAUUCAAUAGUAACAUCAUCUCCUAAGAAAUCUCGUGGAAAGUUGUCAAGUUUUUUUAAAGGUUUAGUAAGAAAUAAAUCUAUAUCAAGAGACUCAAAUAAAAAUAAACCUGUUGUUCCAACUUUUACUCCAAUUCCUGUAGUUACAAUAACAGUACCCACAACUCCUUCACUUAACAUAAAUAAUAAAAAUGAUAAUAUUUUACAAAGACUUGAAAAACAAUGGGAUACCGUUCAUUUAAACACUUCAAUAAAUAAUUCUAUUUCAACUCCAACGAUACAUUCUACAUCGUUCGGCUCUUCUUUAUCAAUAUCAUUAAAUGAUUCAUUAGAUAUUGAUGAAAAUGAAAACAAUCAAUUAAAAAAUAAUCGUCAUGUUAAAUUUGCUACAGGAGUUUAUGUCGAUGAAACAUUUAGUGGAUUGGAAUAUGAACGUGCAGAUUCCGAAGAUGAUGGGAAAGGAGAUUCAGGUGUAUCAAAUUUUAAUAAUAAUUCAAUUAAAGCCGAAGUUAAUCAAUACAAGAGAAAUGAAAUGUUUGUUCAUCCUGAUAGCAGACGUAAUACACAUUUUUUUCGAUAA